AUGACUGUCGUUAGAGCGGAUUAGCAUACAGUGAACUUGGCAGCUUCAUCUGUGCUUUCAUUGUUAGUGUGGCUCUGACCUCCAGAAGGAUAGGUCGACACAAGUUACCGCAUAUAGAAAAGAAGUUACCGCUGUUACUUUUAGAAUUUGCUUAAGUGUUAAGAUAAAGAAGCGUAAAAUGGGGAAGUGGUCUAAAUACCAGGAAGCGUUUCAGAUGUCCUGGCUUAAGGAUCCAAGUUAAAGAAGAUGGAAAUAUGGCAUAUUGUAAAGUUUGUAGAACUGAGAUAAGAGCUCAUAGAAGUGAUUUAAAGAAACACAGUGAAACAUUAAAACACAGACAAAAUAUAUCGGAGGAAUUUGGAUCUGGCAACCCUGGUCUUCCGUUCAGUGUGCGAUAAGCCGCCACAGGACUCGGUAUGUUGCUCUCCGUCACCAUAGAGUGCAGUAAACACUAAGGCAAGCCACCAAAUUCAAGCAGCCAAACGUUUCACACCUCCACCUUCAGGAAGAACCAGAUACUGUUCUAAGGUCUAGGACGCGUACUCCAAGGUUAUGUACCUGGGAUUACCCAGUCAGUGGACGAGUCCUGCUUUCGAAGUAAUGCGUCCAGAUGCUGUUUACAUCAUCAUAUAUACGUAAUUACCUAAGUGUAGGUACAGGAUGAGAGCUACGCUCGUGGUGUCCCGUCUUCCCAGCACUCUUUGUCAUAUAACGCUUUGAAACUACUGACGGUCUUGGCCUCCACCACCUUCUCACCUAACUUGUUCCAACCGUCUACCACUCUGUGAAACAGGGAAGAUGAGGAUGUUGCUGAGUGUGGUGGUGAUGGUGGUAGUGGUGGUGGUGGUGGUGGAAAGUGACGUGCCCCUCGACUCCCACUUGUACAGUGAGUGUGUUGUCAAGGAGAACGUGAAAAUUACAACAUUUGAAGACUUGGUUAAGUUUUGGUGUGUGAGAACUAGUGAUAAAGACUUAAAAAUAAAGCCUGAACAAGGAGGAAAUAGUUUCACACUGCAGUAUAAGAACAUAGCACGGCAUGAGUGGUUACAGGCUGAGUUGAAGUUAACAAAAGUUCCAGAGCUGUACAUACAGGGGACAAUUCACCAACCUACAAAAAUCUCAGAAUUCAUUGGAACAAAAAAGACUUUCACCAUUGAGGACGUUAAUAUUCUACUGCAGUGUCCUCAAGGCUGGCCAAACAGGGAGCUCUCAAGCUUGGGGUCCGAUGUACGAAUUCCUUCGUCUGGAAAAGAGGAGACCUUGGUUCUGACGCCAACAGUGGACACAAAAGUGAGGUUCUCGGUAUCAGGAGACAAGAAGAUUCUGUGUUUGAACAACAGCUCCGGCCUGGCAGUAGUUGGCGAAGAGAUGAAGAGCGACUGUGGCGACCUAAGUAACAACUCAGCCGUCACCCUCAAGUUUUUGUUCGAGGACCACAACGUUGAGGUCCUGGACGCCGAGGGACGCCACCUGGACAACAUCACGUACCAGGGAGUCAGGGACUUAAAGUUCUUCAGGGACGGACUCAAGGGACCAGUGUACAUCGCCCAGUGCAUCGGCAACUGCACCAAAGGUACAGCUCAGGCUAAUGGUGAAGUUCCCACCAACAGUACUACUGUAACCUUCACGGAAAAAACGGCAAGAGAUCCGGGCUCUUACUCGAGCGAAAAGAAACCGUGUCCUUCAUGUGUUGUUUACAUCGUGAUGGUGGUGAUCGUGGCCAUCUUGGUGCUGCUACUCUCCUGUUACGUCCUCCACUUAAGACGUCAGGAGCCCGAGAUGAGUGACACAUACGCAGUGAACCAUAUAGACCAUGUAGCAGGAAACAAUACUGACUACUGUACAGAUCCUGAAAACGAGGUGAAGACGGCCCCUCAAGAUGCCUCCAACACUGGAAACGUUGCAGUGGAGACCACGAAUGACAUUUACGUCCCAUAUGACGAAACAUUACAACACAGAGUCAAGUAUUUGCCGAAGUAACAGCAUUUGAACCCGGAUAAACAGAGAGUAAUCCCACUCACUGGACUUGGCAUGCAUGAGAAAAUCCGUAGUUGUGAUAAGGGGAUUGUUGAACCUUAGAACGAGGGUUCAGGAAUUCUUCGAGGAUGCAGUUGUAUCCCGGGUUGGAAUCCUUCAUUUUUCGACCAUGGCGCGGCCUAGUUGUCUGGAGCGGGUAUCUGGGAACACCCAGUGCAUAAAUUCGAUCCCAUAUCAGGGCUCCUACGGAUUUUUUCAUUAACACAGGUCUCCAAACAGAUUGUACAUACAUUUUGAAAUUAGAUAUUUACGCAACAGUAAAUAGAACUAACAGGAUCUUCUAAUAGAACUAACAGGAUGUUCUUAUAGGACUAACAAGAUCCUCUUAUAGGACUAACAAGAUCCUCUUAUAGGACUAACAAGAUCUUCUAACAGAACUAACAAGAUCCUCUUAUAGGACUAAGAAGAUCCUCUUAUAGGACUAACAAGAUCUUCUAACAGAA